CACAGAACAGGUGAACGCACGAGCCUCAACGUCCGCAGGAGAAAAACACAGCUAAGAAGAGGAAGAAGAGGAAGAGGAAGAAGGAAAGUGAGGAAGAAGAGGAAGAUCUCAGAGGAAACAUCGCAGCUUGCUUCUGCCCCGCUGCCUCCCUCCUUCAUCCCUCCUCCAUCCCUCCUCCAUCCUCCUCUCUUCCGCCGGUAUCGAACUGUCGGCUGAUCACUGAUCCUCCGACUCGACGCUUCCUCACCUCCGCUGAUUCAGGAAGGAAAGGAGGAGAGGAAGGAAGGAGACAAGGAAGGAGAGAAGGAAGGGAAGCACGCAAGUGGAUCUGUGAUCGGGAGGAGGGAAGAAGACCACCUCACCGAACACCGGGACAUGGACAGCAAAGAGAAGGCCCCGCUAGAGCCGCAGCUGAAGGGCAUCGUGACGCGUCUCUUCAGCGAGCAGGGCUUCUUCCUGCAGAUGCAGCCGGAUGGAAACAUCAGCGGCAACAAGGACGAGAACAGCGACUACACUCUGUUUAACCUGAUCCCUGUGGGUCUGAGGGUCGUGGCGAUGCAGGGAGUGAAGGCUGGACUGUACAUGGGGAUGAAUGCAGACGGAUUCCUCUACACAUCAGAUGUGUUCACAGCAGAGUGUAAGUUCAAGGAGUCAGUGUUUGAGAACUACUACGUCAUCUACUCCUCCACGCUGUACCGGCAGCACGAGUCGGGCCGGGCCUGGUUCCUGGGCCUCAACAAGGACGGCGUCACCAUGAAGGGGAACCGAGUGAAGAAAACCAAACCCUGCUCGCACUUCGUCCCCAGACCCAUCGAAGUGUGCAUGUACAAGGAGCCGUCGCUGCACGACCUCGAGGAGAAGCUGCUGAAGUCCUCACGGAGCCCGACCAUCAACGGCGAGGAGCGAGCGAGGGGCCUGGACCAGCAGGAGGAGGAGGAGCAGGACGAAGUCACAGAGCAGGACGGGUCAUAGCCUGCAGCGCCCCCCACAGGAGGAGGAGGCGAACUCCCAUUUUAACACUCCCUCUGUUCAGCAACAUCUACAACCACAACAACAACCGCCACGACGGCGACAACAUGAAAACAAAGAAAAACAAAAGCUUAAAAAAAAAAAAAAAAAAAAUCUUUGCUCAUGACGAAAUCUUUUAAAUGUAUUGGGGGCGGGGCUUGUUUGAAAAUGAGGACGUUGAUGAUGAUGAUUACAUUUUAUGCAAGAAUCCCUGCUGAGAGAAGGCAGGAGGAAGCACACCUCCUCUUCAUCACCACAUUGUAACCUUCAUCAUCGUCAACAUCGUCACGCUGAUGACAAAAUGUUUUCCAAGUCGAGCGAGCGCUCAGAACUUCAAAGCUUUAAGCCAUGUAGAAACUUCACUUCCUGUCAUCCAAUGAAUGCAAUCACUUUCGCACUUUCGACAUGUCACGCUUCUUCUUCUACUCGUUCUUCUUCUCCGUGUCGUCCAAUCAGAGAGAAGAGUUUUACCGCUGUAUCUCCUGCAGCCACAUCUUGUUUGGUUUUCCUCUCUCUCUGGUUUCGGGGACUCGUAGGUUCAGGUCAGACCCUGCCCACGAAAAGAAUCUGAGGGAAACAAACCUGAGGAACUUCCUGUUGGGUUUGGACCGGGUCGUUUCCUCUGGUGGAGGUCAGGUGAUCGCUGAAGCAGCCUAAUCACGUGAACUUCACAAUCCUGCCAAUCAUUUUAUUGAUCCUGCAUCAGUUUUUACAGUGAGUUCUGAUGAAGUCAUACAUCACAUGACUAUGAUCCCUGCAGGUUGAUUUUCAUGGACAGGAAGUGAAGGCAACAGGAAGCAGGAAACAGAUUUAUAAACUGAUGACGAGGGUUUGAUCGGCAGGACGAUGAAGUUCACAUGGUUGAAACCGCCUGUUCCUCUGCAGGCGUGUUACUGGUCCUGAGGUCACUGGGACCACAGUUCAGGCUGUUUGACUGCCCUGCGUCACAAAGACGAAAACCACUGCCCCAAAAACUGAGCUGCACCAGUUACACGUCAACGCCGUCAACGUCACAUCGGGGAAAACCCAGAGAACACGCCUGCAGACACACGUCACAUGACCAUUCACUGGUCAUGUGACGUGUGUUCUCAGGUGUGUUGGUGUGGACGGAGAUUCGUUCUGAUACGGAGCUAAAACACUUUAAGAUAAACGUGUCAGUGUGGGCGGAGCCAGGGACUCUUGCAGUUUGCUGAAGUGAUGUCAUGAUCCGAACUUCUGAGCUCAGAAUUAAUAAAGUUAAACAGUGAGAAUGGAGAAACGUUGAUGAACCUCAGGAGGUUUUUUCAUCCAGCAGCAGGUUGUGAUGAACGUCAGUAACAGUUCACAGGGAUGUAGACUUUCUACAAACGUAUAAAAGAUACGAGCGUCUCCAGGAAGUCGCUGGUUCACGUCUCGCUCUGAUGUCCUGGACUGUAGUUUUUCUGGAGUUGACGUUGAGACGUUGAGACGUUGAGAUGGCGCCUCGUCACUGCCUCAUUCAACCUUUAACACUUUAACACUUGAAUGACCAAGUUUCCCAAAAACAUCUUCAUCAUUUCCUGGUUGACAGGCCGAUGUCAACUUCCUGUGUUUCAGUCCUUCACUUCCUGUCACUGCCUUCGUUUUCCUCUGCAGCCGAAGCUUAUGAAGAAGAGCAGAAUGACCUCUUCUCUCACGGCUUAACGUCAGUGGACGAAAUACAUCACAUCUGUCGUUUCUAAAUAUUGUCUUGUGUUGAUUUAAAUUAUUUUACUUUGGCUGUAAACACAUUUGACAUGAAGUCGUUCAGACGGAGUGACUUAGCUUCGUUUCUAAUCUGUUUUCAGACAUGAAAGAGAAGUUUGUUUGUUCUGUAGAGCAGCAGCUUGUUGUCGGGUGGAGGGGCGGAGCCUGUAGAGCAGCAGCUUGUUGUCGGGUGGAGGGGCGGAGCCUGUAGAGCAGCAGCUUGUUGUCGGGUCGAGGGGCGGAGCCUGUAGAGCAGCAGCUUGUUGUCGGGUCGAGGGGCGGAGCCUGUAGAGCAGCAGCUUGUUGUCGGGUGGAGGGGCGGAGCCUGUAGAGCAGCAGCUUGUUGUCGGGUCGAGGGGCGGAGCCUGUAGAGCAGCAGCUUGUUGUCGGGUGGAGGGGCGGAGCCUGUAGAGCAGCAGCUUGUUGUCGGGUCGAGGGGCGGAGCCUGUAGAGCAGCAGCUUGUUGACGGGUCGAGGGGCGGAGCCUGUAGAGCAGCAGCUUGUUGUCGGGUGGAGGGGCGGAGCCUGUAGAGCAGCAGCUUGUUGUCGGGUCGAGGGGCGGAGCCUGUAGAGCAGCAGGAGGCGGGACAUGACGUAUACAUUCUGCUGUGGAGAGAUCAGUGUUGUUGUUUACAGCUCCUCCACACCACACAUUGUCCUGCUGGUUCCUCUCAUGGACUCACUCUGACAUUUUACAGAGACAUUGACUCACAAAUCUGUUCUUACAUACAGAACCUGCAGAACAUGUGAGGAACACGUCAGGAACACGUCAGUGGUUCAGUUCAUGUCUAAAACCAGUUUGAGGCAGAAAAUAAAAGAAACAUUUCAAAGUUGGACCAAAUCAUUUAAAAUCAGUUGAUUUGAAAGGAUUUUUAUCUUUAUUGAAGUUAUUUUUUCAGGUGUUAUUUGAAAACGAUUAGCUUGACGUCUGAACUCAAGUAAACUCACAGAAUCACUUUUGGGAAACUUGGUCGUCUCCGUCGCUGAAGCAGGAAACGAAAACAGACGUGAAGCUGAAAGUUUGUUUGCAACUGGAGAAUAAAAAGUGUUUCACUCGACAGCUGAUGCAUUCUGCUGCUUUCGCUUCCACUUAAAGAGACAGAGCGAGGGGGAGGAGUCAGGGCUAGAACUCGACUCUGAUUGGCUGCCACAGUCCAGGUUUUAAUUUUUUCUUCUUUUAUCUUGCCUUUUGAAUUUAGAAUUUUGUUGGUUAAAAUUGGACGAACACACUGAGGGAACGAACCAAUCACAAUCCACCGCACUGCCUCAGAGGAAGUCUUCCAGUUUGGAGCUUGUCGGUCGCAGAGCGGACGAUGGCGAGCGACAGAUCCACGAUGUUUCAUGACCGAAUGUUUCUGUUCCUGACAAAAACCAAACUCUCCACAUGAAUGUUGUGUCACCAGUUUCCUUUGUGACGUCACAACGACACACCUUUGGAGAAACCGUAAAGUACGAGUGUCACAAAAUAAGUUUGGUUUGGAGAAAACUUAAAGUUUAGUGUGAUGUUAUAAAUGCUCCUGUGAUUGGAAGAAGAAAAACGUCUGUUUUUUCAUGGAAAAAAAUGUAUUCACUUUUUUAUAUCAUCUUAAAUUUUUUGUUAUUUCAAAUCUGUCAGAACAUCAACAGAGAGCUGAACGGAAACCAAAAUCUUAAAUCUAACAUUUCAAAUCAUUUUGAGGUUUUUUCCUCGUUUUUAUUGAUAAUUCAUUUAAAUAUUUUUAAUGAAUCUAAUUAAACGUUUUGCUGAUUGACUGCACAUUAAUAUCAUUUGACGAAUUGAACACAAAGAAAGACAAACACUGUCUUCUCAUUCUUAUUGAUGGUCUUAUUUUUUACAUCCAAUGGGAGACGUUAAAGAUUCAACCUCAUGGAUGUAGAUUUAUUUAUUACCUUAUUAUGGUCUGGUCAGUUUCAUGAUGUGAUUAUGUUUUUGUUUCUGGUUCGUAUCCAUGACGGCAGGUCGACUCAUGAUGUCAUCACUGACGUCUCCUCUGAGCCGAGUCGACCUGCUGACCUCAGCCUGUGGGCGGAGCUAUCUUUGUGUUUGCCAAUGUUUGCACCUUUUCUCAGACACGUCAUAUAUCAUAUAUCAUAUGUUAGAAAAGAAUCAUCGCGAAAUACACAGCAGGAUGAAAACGAUGAUUGAAAAAUAAAAAAGAACAAUA